AUGCAGGCCUCAAAUUCUUCCAUCAUGAGCGACGAGGUUAGAGACGUCAAGAUUGGAAACAAAUCUUUCAGAUACCAAUCUGGCCGCGCCGAAAACCUGGCUCUACAUACAAUCUCGAAUAAAGGUGCUAAUCAACCUUCAACUGGAAGAUACGUUUAUUGGCGGCCCAUCGACACGCACAAACCUGUUGUUGUUUACGUUAUGGAGAAAGACAUAGCGAUGCGUCUUGAGACUGAAGGGGGAGUCAAGGAAGAGCAUCUAGAUUUCCCAGUUCCUUAUGAAUCGCAAAAGCUUCGCCUCGGCUUAGAAAAUGGAACCAUUCUCCGUCCUAACGUUUCGUUCUAUAAAACCGAGUAUGAGCAGGUGCAACAAAAGCGAGGAAUCGAAGACAAGCGCAGUUCCCACGGCAGUAAAGUUGUAUCCUUGAUCGCCGGCCAAAAGUUUGGUGCCGCUCGUGAGUGUGAAAUCUUUGUUGUUGGCCGCAAGGAGGCUGGAGCAACUGCCACAGAAGCUUUGCAGAUCAAUGAAGAGAGGCAGGAAAAAAGCAAGGUUGAUGAAAAGGUGAAAGAGAAGUCGGAGAAGACCCAGUCGGAGAGGGGUUCGGAGUCCUCGAAGGUCAUUUACGACUGGACAGAGGGGCUCGAUCAAGUUCGCAAGCAAUUCCUCAGCGAAAAGAAGAGAAAGCCGGAGUUGAGUGGUAUCAUGAACAUAUCCGUUGGGUUCAUGACCACAAAGGAGCGACGAAAGGCUCUCUCGUCUGUUCUUGAAGCCGGCAUUAUUGUGGUAGCUGCCGCUGGGAACGACAAUUUGAUGGAUCUUCCAGAGAGCAUGGAAGAUAAGAGAGUCAUCGUCAUAGGCGGCCUAGACCGUCAUGGUAAACGCUGGGUCGAGGAUGAAACUGAAGGCUCCAACUAUGGGAAGCGUGUUGAUUACUGGAUACAAGCUCAACUGAAGUCCUCUGGCGGUGCGACGGAGCCUGUCGAUGUGGAAGGCACAAGCUUUUCUACCCCGAUUGCGGUCGGUGUGAUUGCUCGUAUGCUCUCAUCAGGCCAAGCCAGUACAGGUCAAGAGGUUCGAGUACUUCUGGAUCAGUGGGCUCAAUUGGAGGGUGGUGUUAAGCACCUGAGAAAUGGUCCUGGACUUUAG